ACCACUGCACUCCAGCCUGGGUGACAAAGCAAGAUCCUGUCUCAAAUAAAAGGAGAAAGAGAAUGGGGAGGUGGACAGCUCACUGCAGCCUCGACCUCCCAGACUCAACAAUCCUCCCACAUCAGCCCCCUGAGUAGCUAGGAUUAUAGCUAAUUAAAAAAAAAUAAAAAUUAGAGGCAAGGUCUCACUUUGCUCCCCAGGCUGGCCUUGAACUCCUGGGAUCAAGAGAUCCUCCCGCCUCAGCCUCCCAAAGUGCUGAGAUUAUAGGCAUGAGCCACCAAACCAUGCAUCUCUUUCUCCCUUUAAGAGGUCCAGUUACCUCUUUGAAAAUUAGAACAGAACUCAGCUCUUUCCCCUACUGUUAGUAGUUACUAAAUAAAAUCUGAUUCACUGCUUUAACUGGUGUCUGGCUUUUUAAUUUUUAAUUUUUUUUUUUAGAGAUGGAGUCUCACUCUUUCACCCCGUCUGCAAUGCAGUGGUGUGGUUACUGCUCACUGCAACCUUGACCUCCCAAGUUCAAGUGAUCCUCUCGCCUCAGCCUCCUGAGUAGCUGGGACUACAGGCAUACACCACCAUGUCCAGGUGCCCAUGGUAAGGGUGUCUCUGAUGAGACCAACUGGAAUCAAGGUGCAGAUUGAGUCUGCACUGCCCAGACUAACACCUUUGCUUUCUGGAUCGAUCGUUGUGCCAGACAUGGCAGCACACCGACCACAGACUGGGCACCCAGUAGAGAACUCUGCUUCAGAUGCACAAGCUAUCACUGCAUGCCAGACUUGUGACUCCUAAUAAAAGGAAUAACAGGUUACAGUGCUGUUAUCCUGGUCCAAUCAACUGAUUCUGGCACAUGAAACUAGAACUCCUUGAAUCUUGUCAUUAAGUAAUUAACCAGAACAGGAUCAACACACGUGUUCUCUACAGCCUUUCCAUGGAUCCUUUCCGACCAUCGUUGAGGGGCCAGUCUCCUAUCCACCCAUCCCAGUUCCAGGCUGUACGGAUGUCAGGCUGUUGGCCACAAGCUUCUAAACCUUUGGACCCAGCUCUGGGCAGGGGAGCACCUGCAGGCAGAGGCCAUGUAUUUGGAAAGCCAGAGGAACCAAGCACACAGAGGGGGCCAGCACAAAGGGAGUCUGUGGGUUUGGUCUCCAUGUUCCGAGGCCUGGGCAUUGAAACAGUUUCUAAGACCCCUCUGAAACAAGAAAUGCUUCCAUCAGGUAGAGGCAUUUUAGGUCGAGGCUUGUCUGCUAAUCUGGUACGCAAGGACAGGGAGGAGCUCUCUCCCACUUUUUGGGAUCCAAAAGUGCUGGCAGCUGGGGACAGCAAGAUGGCAGAGGCCUCCGUUGGUUGGAGUAGGAUGCUUGGAAGAGGAAGUUCGGAUGCUUCUUUAUUACCACUGGGAAGAGCAGCAGGUGGUAUCGGCAGAGGAGUGGACAAGCCUGCCUGUGCCUUCAGCACACCGUCCCGGGGUCCCCCGCAGCUGUCAUCGCCACCAGCUCUGCCCCUGUCUCCCUUGCACUCUCCAGAUCGCUCUCUGGUCCUGACUGUGGAACACAAGGAAAAAGAGCUUAUUGUGAAGCAGGGAUCAAAAGGAACACCUCAGUCUUUGGGACUGAACCUCGUCAAAAUACAAUGUCAUAAUGAAGCAGUUUAUCAAUAUCACGUGACUUUCAGCCCCAAUGUGGAGUGCAAAAGCAUGAGGUUCGGCAUGUUGAAGGACCAUCAAGCUGUCACCGGCAACGUCACUGCGUUUGAUGGAUCUAUUCUCUAUCUGCCUGUUAAGCUUCAACAAGUUCUUGAGUUAAAAAGUCAAAGGAAAACAGACAGUGCUGAAAUCAGCAUUAAGAUUCAGAUGACAAAGAUCCUGGAGCCCUGCUCUGACCUGUGCAUUCCCUUCUACAACGUUGUUUUCCGUCGGGUAAUGAAACUUUUAGAUAUGAAGCUUGUGGGGAGAAACUUUUAUGACCCUACAAGUGCUAUGGUACUACAGCAACACAGAUUGCAGAUCUGGCCAGGCUAUGCAGCUAGCAUCCGAAGGACAGACGGAGGGCUCUUCCUGCUGGCUGAUGUCUCCCAUAAGGUCAUUCGGAAUGACUCUGUGCUGGAUGUCAUGCAUGCCAUUUAUCAGCAGAAUAAAGAACACUUCCAGGAUGAGUGUACUAAGCUUCUGGUUGGCAAUAUUGUUAUCACCCGAUAUAACAAUCGUACCUAUCGUAUUGAUGAUGUGGAUUGGAAUAAGACUCCAAAGGAUAGCUUCACGAUGUCUGAUGGGAAAGAGAUCACAUUCUUGGAAUACUACAGCAAAAAUUAUGGGAUCACAGUUAAGGAAGAGGACCAGCCACUGCUGAUUCACAGGCCCAGUGAGAGACAGAAUAAUCAUGGGAUGCUGCUAAAAGGGGAAAUCCUGCUGCUGCCCGAGCUUUCUUUUAUGACCGGAAUCCCAGAGAAGAUGAAGAAGGACUUCAGAGCCAUGAAGGAUUUGGCCCAGCAAAUCAAUCUGAGCCCCAAGCAACACCAUAGUGCUUUGGAAUGCUUGCUGCAAAGAAUUGCAAAGAACGAGGCAGCCACCAAUGAACUGAUGCGUUGGGGGCUCCGUCUGCAAAAGGAUGUACAUAAGAUUGAAGGACGUGUUCUACCAAUGGAAAGAAUUAACUUAAAAAAUACUUCGUUUAUCACAUCUCAGGAACUAAACUGGGUUAAGGAAGUAACCAGAGACCCUUCCAUCUUGACUAUCCCCAUGCAUUUCUGGGCACUUUUUUACCCAAAGAGAGCAAUGGACCAGGCUCGAGAACUGGUCAACAUGUUGGAGAAGAUAGCUGGCCCCAUUGGCAUGCGUAUGAGCCCACCGGCCUGGGUUGAACUAAAGGAUGACCGAAUAGAGACCUAUGUCAGAACCAUUCAAUCCACGUUAGGAGCUGAGGGGAAGAUACAGAUGGUUGUUUGCAUCAUCAUGGGCACACGUGAUGAUCUCUAUGGGGCCAUCAAGAAGCUGUGCUGUGUGCAGUCCCCAGUGCCCUCCCAGGUUGUCAAUGUUCGAACCAUUGGUCAGCCCACCAGGCUUCGGAGUGUGGCCCAGAAGAUUUUACUUCAGAUUAACUGUAAAUUGGGUGGUGAGCUCUGGGGAGUGGAUAUUCCUCUGAAACAGUUAAUGGUGAUCGGGAUGGAUGUUUACCAUGACCCCAGUAGAGGCAUGCGCUCCGUGGUUGGCUUCGUGGCAAGCAUCAAUCUCACCCUCACAAAAUGGUAUUCCCGGGUGGUGUUCCAGAUGCCGCAUCAGGAGAUUGUGGACAGCCUGAAGCUAUGCCUCGUGGGCUCCUUAAAAAAGUUUUAUGAGGUGAACCACUGUCUACCAGAGAAGAUUGUGGUGUACCGUGAUGGAGUGUCUGAUGGCCAACUGAAGACAGUUGCCAACUAUGAGAUUCCUCAACUACAGAAGUGUUUUGAAGCUUUUGAGAAUUAUCAGCCCAAGAUGGUGGUGUUUGUAGUUCAGAAGAAAAUCAGUACUAAUCUAUAUCUGGCUGCUUCUCAGAACUUUGUGACUCCCACUCCUGGAACUGUGGUAGAUCAUACAAUAACAAGCUGUGAGUGGGUGGAUUUCUAUCUUCUUGCCCAUCAUGUACGGCAGGGCUGUGGCAUUCCUACGCAUUAUGUCUGUGUUCUCAACACCGCAAACCUGAGCCCUGAUCAUAUGCAGAGGCUGACUUUCAAAAUGUGCCACAUGUACUGGAAUUGGCCUGGCACCAUCAGAGUUCCAGCUCCUUGCAAGUAUGCCCACAAGCUAGCUUUCCUGUCAGGACACAUCUUGCAUCAUGAACCAGCCAUCCAGCUGUGUGAGAACCUGUUCUUCCUGUGACUGCACAGCUUGGAGAUGGGCUGGUGAGAAGAAAGGCAGCCUCUGAACUCAGCUGUGACUCUUGCAGAAUCAACAGAGACUGAAGUGGGCUUUUGUGUUAUAAUUUUCCCUUUCUCCAACCGUGUAGAAUAAGAUUUCUUUUUUGUCUUUUAAACCUAAUAUCACCAAGAAGCAAGUUUCUGAGUAACAGCUGAAAAUGGCCUUGUUGCCUGUGUAGAGCGAGUUACGGUGGUACUGCCACUCUGCAGGUGGAGCGGGUGACUCUGGGGGACCAUUAAGACCUCCAGACCGGGUGCAGUGGUUCACGCCUGUAAUCCAAGCACUUUGGGAGGCUGAGGCGGGUGGAUCAUGAGGUCAGGAGAUCAAGACCAUCUCCUGGCCAACAUGGUGAAACCCCAUCUCUACUAAAAUACAAAAAAAUUAGCCGGGCGUGGUGGUGCACGCCUGUAGUCUCAGCUACUCAGGAGGCUGAGGCAGGAGAAUCGCUUGAACCUGGGAGGUGGAGGUUGCAGUGAGCCGAGAUUGCGCCACUGCACUCCAGCCUGGUGACAAAGCAAGAUUGUCUCAAAAAAAAAAAAAAAAAAGCCAACAUGAGCUGCAGAAACCAGCAGAAGCAGCCAUCAUACUUCUAAGCUGUGCCAACUAAGUGGUUCCCAUUUCUGGAGCCAGAGAGGAUAAUUAAGUCAUUGCAAGUUUCCUGAAGAGAAUUACUCAGGCAGCUGGGAAAGGCAGUGGAAGGUCUGUGAAGCAAAGUUUUCAAGUAGAUAUUGCUAUUACUGGCAGGUGUGCAAGGCAUGUAGUAAAAUCAGUUUGUGGCAUAGGUAGGCCCUUGCUGACUAAAUCCUCUCUGGGGAUUGAAUUGAUGACGCCUGUGACUUGAGUUGAAUUCGAAAAUGGCUUCCCUUGGCCUCUUGAAAGAGUGCAGAUGAAGCCUUUUCCGUGGCUUUCAGUAACUUUCCAGCAUACCAUGACGAUUUCUUCCCCAAAUAUACACAUGCUCUUUUGCUCUUUGUGCCUGAUCUUCAGUAAUUUUUAGUUUUUUAACAGGUGGAAAAAAUCUAGCAGCUAGGAGAGUUCAAGUUGGGGUGGGAGUUUUUAGUGAACUUUUCUCCCAGGUGUGUGGCCUUUAUUUCUAUUUAUAUAUGUUUGUAAAUGGAAUUACCCCCUUUCUCUUGCAAAAUAACCUCUUCCUGGCUGUUGGCUCACUUUGCUGGAAUUUUUCUGAAUCCAGGUUAAGAUUUCCAGAAGUCAGCUUUGGAAAACGUGACACUCCUGUCAAAGUCCAGACGGUUCAGAAAGUUAUCACAUACCAUGGGUUUCAGUGUUUUUGGAAACCCGUUUUUUUUCUGUUUUUUUUUCCCCCUCUCUCCAUUUUAGAAUCUUCUCCCAGUCCCUUCGGGCCUAGUUCUGUCUCAUCUUGCUUUAUUGGGUUUUAAAAACCAGUCUUAUUUAAGCUUUUCUAAUUUGUACUUAUGUACUUAUUUAUUUUUUGGUAUGAUGGCAGGGAGAGGACAAAGCAGAAAUACCCCUUUUAUAUGACAAUGUGUGAGAAAAGAAACUUUAGCUUAAAACUCCUUAAAAUGUGCUCACUUCAGCAGCACAUACACUAAAAUUGAAAUGAUAUGGAGAAGAUUAGCAUAUAGAAAAAAGAAAAAAGAUUUCCUUAAAACAAGAAAACCAAGAAUGUUUUUGGUUUGUUGCGGUGCCCAGCAGAGGUUGAGGAGGGAUGGGUAUUGUUGGUGCCCUUCUGGUUUCAUUUGGAGUGUGGGACAUUAGGGUGAGACAAGGACCUGGAAUUUAAAAACCACAGGAUCAAACACUAUGAACCACUGGUCUCUGGCUAAACAGAUCAGUUUUCUGAUUUUCUUUGGAAGAGUUUUGAAUUUUUCUGUUGAAGUUGGAUUUCCUAAUACUCUUUUUCUCUUAGAUAAUCAGAACAAAUGGUUGAAUACAUUAUAAUACAAAAAUUUCUUUACUUUUUAUUCUUGGUUUUCUUGCCUCGUUUUUCGGUUUUAAUGCCAAAUGAUUGGGUCAUGGGGUGGGAAAUAAAAACAACUUUGUAUAAA